AUGGACUUUCAAGAUAUACCACCAAAAUGGUUAUCCCUUGCUCAAAUUGUUGCCUCGAACAAAGGUGACGUCAAAUUAUGGGACAAACUCGUUGACUUGACAGAGCAUCUUCCUACUAAAGAUGAUAGAUAUCCGGUGGAAGUCUCCCAAGGGUCCCCUCCCGUAAUGAAAAGCCUCUUAUUUACAGUGUAUGAGAACUUGCUUGUCAAUUUUCCUCUCUGUGAACAAUAUUGGUGCAAUUAUGCAAGUUGGAAAUUCAAACUCGGUGAUGAAGCUCACCAUGUGGCUCAAAUAUACUCCAACGCUCUCAGUUAUAUGCCCAAAUCACUGAUAAUAUGGCGAAACUACCUUAAAUUCACUAUAGAAACUCAAAGAUCCCAUUGCCGAAUCAUGGACGUUUUAGAAGAUGCACGAAUUGCUGUGGGCCAUCACUUCUAUGCUCAUGUCAUUUAUGACAUCUACCUAGACUUUCUAAAGAAGUCUGGCCAUAAUAAAGAAUACCACCUUUUGCUUCGACGAAUCAUUGAAAUACCUAUGUAUCAUUAUUGCAAGUACUUUUUGGAAUUCACUAGACUGCUAGAGGAGGCUGAUAUUGUCACCAUCAAGUACUUUGUCACAGCAGAAGACUUGUAUUCGUCUUUCAAGCUGACUUGGGGUGAUUUGCUAAAGCCUGCAGAUGGUAAAAUUUCGAAGAUGAAGGAAUUGAAGAGUAAAUUGAAGAAGAUGUUUACCGAUGCGCUCAUAACUACUCAAUACCACACGUUUAGACUAUGGUCUUACGAGCGAGAAUUGAAGAAGCCGUAUUAUGAUCCGGGUAGCCAGUUAACUAGACAGGAACUUAAUACGUGGAACAGCUACUUGAACUAUUUGGAGAUCAAUACACUUAAAGAUUCUUUUAGAAAUGGCAAUUCCGGAACUGCCAAGAUGAACCGUGCUCUAUUGGAGACGGCAUAUGAAAGAUGCCUGAUAAGAACGGCAGAUUAUAGCUUCUUUUGGCUCAAAUACUCGAAUUUGAAGCUCAACAUGAAUAUGGAGGAUCAGGCUAAACAAGUGCUUAUCAAAGGAAUCUAUUUGAUCAAUGAUGAUGAGUUUAAGUUGAGACUUAGGCUGGUUGAUUUGGAGAUUCUCAGUGGAGAAAUAAGUGAGGCCAAAGACUUAACAUUGGAGGCUUACGAGCAACAGCCUGACAAUCUUGCAUUGACUUUGAAAAUUCUACAAAUUGAGCAUUUGAUCGAUCGAGAUAGCGUAGUUGACCUUAUAGAGGCGAAACUACUCGAGGUUGAAGGAGGUGAGUUUGAGCGUCAGUUUGACUAUUUAUUCAGAGAAGUGCUUGGCUACGGAAGCGUUAGUUUGACCAAGAUUGAAGCCUUACUGAAAAGAUAUCAAGAUAAAAAGAAAGACAGCUACCACUAUCAAAAGGCCCUGAAGGAGUUUUAUCGAUGCUACAAACUGACCGAAGAUCAUUAA